AUGAAGGAUGAUUAUUCUGAAUUGACAACUUUGGGUACUUCGAGUUCUUCUGCUUAUCGUAAAUUAGUUUUCUUGCAAAAGUGUGAUGUUUCAGAACUGUAUACUAAUUUAACUAAUGAACGAAAUGCUUAGUAGAAAAAUAAGAAGUUACUCUUUUAGAAGAGAUUCCAAUGUGUUUAAGAAAAGAAUGAGAGUUUUGAAGCCUAAAACUAAUUAUUAAAAAUGGAAGUUAAUGAUUGGUAAGGUUUCUUGGAAAAAGAACACAAUGCUAUUUAAUAAAUCAAUAAUGAAGAUAUUAUGAAAACAGAAAUCAAAUCUCCUUUAUCUUUAAAAAUUAAAACUAACCCAACUAUUACAAGUCCAACAAAUGAUAGAAGUAAUUACUUUUACAAGAUGAAAUUAGGCAAGUAUUUUUUCAUUUAAUCAACUUAAGCAAGCAACUAUCUGUUAUUAGCACUGAUGAUUUUUUGAAGACUGUUCGACACUCCUAAAAAUUCGAAGAUUAUUCUAAACUAUAUAAACAAUAACCCCAUAAUUUAUACUUAAGUCUUAAUUUCUCAUAACCUGAAAGAGUCCCCAAAACCUUUGGGUUAAUUCAAAAUACUCGAUCUCUUGUUACUGCUAAUGCUAGUAGAUCAAUUAGAAAUAAUGAUGAUGGACAUGCAUUUUCUAAUGCAAUGCUUACAUAAUAAAGUAGAUAAAUCUAAGUUAUGUAAAUGAAUCAUAAUUAAUUCACUCCCAAAUAAUUGAGAGAUAUACUUCUUACAUUUCCUAAUACAUUGAAAGACUUAGAAUUAUAAAAUUGUAAAUUAAAUUAUAUGCAUAUGGAAAUUUUGAUGUCAUUCGUAGGAAAAAAUCAAAUUUAUAAAUUGAACCUCGAAAACAAUAAUAUUCGUGAUCUAGGAUCGCAAAUCAUUAUGAAACAUCUACUAAAUAACAACACACUUUAAUCACUUAAUCUUAAUAAUAAUCAAAUUACUGAAUGUGCUAGCACAUCUAUUUCAAAUCUUUUAAAAUAGACCCAACGUCUUUUAGAGUUAUAUCUUGGUUACAAUUAUCUAAAUGCAAGUGCUGGUACUACUAUUUGGAAAGCUAUGUACAAAAAUACUAGUGUUAAAAUAUUAGACCUAUCUCAUAAUAAUAUAGCAUCUUUAGAAUGUGCUUAGUCAAUCAAUAAGGCUGUUUCAAGACCUUAUAAUGAAUUAUUGCAUGUUGAUCUUUCUUUUAACAAGUUUACAUAUCCAUAAGCAUAAAUAAUUUCUGAGGCUCUUUAAAAAAAUGAAACUAUUUAUGGUUUUCAUUUUGAAGGUAAUUAAGCUGAAUUAUGUGUUAAUGCUAAUGGUUUCUUAAUUAAUAAUAUGGCUUAUCAUGCAUAACUAAAAGAGAAAUUAAUUUAAUUAUAUAAAUAACCUUAAUAUUUUAAGUUAUUAGAAGAAGCAAAGGUUGAAUAAAUUUCAAUAAAAAGAGAGGAAUCUUUAGUAAUGCCUUUUAGUAGAUCAAGGAAAAUACGUUCAACUAAAUUGAAUGUUUAGAAAGUGAAUGAAAUAAAUAAAUUAGAUACUUGUUGGAUAUGUGAAGGAUGGUAAGAAAUAAAAUUUGAAUGGACAGCUCAUAAAUCUGGAAGUUUAUAUAACGAACCAAUUUUUAUUCAUUUUGAUUUUGAAGAUUAUCGACCUUUAUUAAUGACAUUUCUUAAUAAUGAAUUCUUUUUCAUAAAAAUGUGUCCUCCAAAUAAAGAAAUACAUUAUUUCUUUACUAAUCCAAUUCUUGGUGUUUAAUAACCAGCAAUGGAUUAGAAUAUUAAGAAUAUGUAAAUUUAAUCAAUUCCAUUUUUGUACAAUGAUGAAAUUUUAGUGGAUGGAAAUAUAAUGGAUUAGAUAAAUGUAUAUAGAACUAGUAAUAAAUAAUAAUUAUUUGACAAAUAUAUGCCAAUGGUACAAUGUAAGCCUAGAGAACCAAUGGCAAAAUUUGAUUUUUCUCCUUAUUUGAAUAUAAAGAAACAUAAAUGGUCAGUAGAGAAUUCAUUAUUUAAACAUUUUUAACCUGAUACUCCAUAAUUAAUAGAUGAAUGUUUUGAAUUUGACUUUUAGAAUUCAAAGGUUACUAGAUUGGUAAAAGAUACUGAAUUAUAGGAGAUUAAAGAGAAUCUAAAGAUUUUAUAUCGUUAAUUGUUUCAUUUAUACAAAUAUCAUGCAUCUGGAUCAUUAACAGCACCUAUACCAUGUAUAAUGAUAUAAGACUAUAUUGACUUUUUAGUUUAAACUUCAUUGAUGGAUGGUUAUAAGACAAAUGAUAUUGAUAUAAGUUUUACAUCUACAACAGCAGCAAAAGAUGUUUAAUUUCCAUAAGCAUUUGAGAAAGGAUUGGUUCGUUGUUAAUUAUUAGAAAUAAUGAUAAGAAUGUGUAAUGAUAAAUAUAUUAGAUAAGGAAUUUGUACAACAAUGACUGAGGCUAUUGGUUUGGUAAUAAAAUAAAUUUAAGAUUACUUAAUAAAAUUUGAUUAAUCAUAGAUGUGGAGAAAGAGUAGAUUGUGGAAUUAAAAAUGUGAUAUUAUUUUGAAUGAUAGAUUGGCUAUGUUGAAAUCUCUAUUUAAAUAUGUAAAUAGAUUAAGUAAGAAGGAUAAAUAGGUGUGUAAAUAUGAUUAUAUAUCUGUAUAAGAUUUUAAAGAUUGGAUUGUAUAAUGUAAAUUAAUAUGUGAUGAUUUGAGUGAAAGAGAAUGCUAUUUAAUAUAUUUAUAAUCAAUGAUUACUUAGAAAGAUGAAUUAUAUUCUAGUAAACAUUACUAGAUGAAUUUUCAUGAAUUUAUAGAAAGUGUUGGUAGAUUGGCUGAAAAGUUAUCUAUAAUAAGAGGUGAUAAACCUAUUGAUAUAGAUGAUAGAAGAGCAAAAGAUCUAACAUCAAAAAUAGAUGGAUUUUUAUUGUAUGUUUAUUUGGUUAUUGGAAAUGAUAUGAAAUAAGCCUUACCUCCUAAUGAUUCAGACAUUAAAGGAGUAGAUAAAUGUAUGAUUAAUGAUUUUAAAUCAUUAAAAUAAAAAUUAGAAGAUUCUUUUACUGAUGGAGAUGAACCUCCUUAUGAUCCAAGAGUAGAAUUACCUCAUUUAUCUAGCCAAAUUACAAAUGUAUUAGGAAAUACAAUUGGUGGCAAAAAAUAAACCUUAAGAUAAUAACUUAAAUAAGUUAAAAGGGAAGAAUAAAAAUUCUCUCCAAUUAAUUUUGUUUAAUACUUUAAAAGUAUUUAAUAAGUUCAUGUAGAUCAUGAUGAUUGA